UCCUGCGUGGCGCAAAACUCUCUCUAAACUGAAAUCAAGUUUGGAGUAAUCAAUACCCUGUUGCCUGUUAAGACUCGGCAAAGAAAUGAAAAGGAGUUUAGCUGACACCUCAACUCGCAGCACAGCAGGUUGCCUGCCCGUGCCUCUGUUCAAUCAGAAAAAAAGAACUAGACAGCCUCUCACUUCAAAUCCACUUAAAAAUGAACCAGGUACCGGUUCUGGGACUCGUACUUAUGACUUCUCUCCCACAUCAUUUGGCUGGGGAACUGCAAACCCAGAAGUGGCUGAACUGCAGAAAGCAGCAAACAGUGGCCAAACAGAACACCAGAUGGCUCCUUCCCUCCUGAAACCACCAAAUGCAUCAAAGUUUAAUUUAGCAAAUGCUGGAAAAAACUUGGCUGCCUGCAGGAACAGAAAUGAGUAUAAUCCUUUGAGUAACCCAGCAGAUCCAAGGCCUGAUAGUGGAAUCACUCAAAAGUUUGGGAACCUUUCAAACAGUUGGAAAACUGUCCAGCAGCCAAAAAACCCUGGUAAUCGUAAUUCAUCUCAGCUCCUCAAAACAGAAACAAGCCAGCCAAACACACCCAAAGGACAGUGGCCAGUGAAACCUAACCCUGCAUCAAGAAGCCUGCAGGGUCAUAGCCCAGCAUAUAAAUUUAACUCCAAUAUUCAGCAAAAUAAAAUGAAUGAAGACCAAUUUGAUUUUGUCCCAGAAGAAAAAAUUCAGGAAGUUCCAUCAUCUCAAAUAAAAAUGAGAGAAAAAAAGAAUUCUUUGCGAAUCCUGUCUGCAGUCAUUGAAAGCCUGAGGCACUGGAGUCAAUACUCUUACAAAACUGCUCUCUUAUUUGAAGUCUUAGGCACACUGGACUCUGCAGUCACACCUGGAGCUUAUGGGGCAAAGAACUUUCUUCUGAGAGAUGGAAAGGAGACCCUGCCUUGUGUGUUUUAUGAAAUUUAUAACACCUGUAUAAAACAGCAACACACCCUGAAGCUGUAGGAAGAUUCCUCAAGGCCACAGAGGAAGUUGAAAAGAAAGAAUUAUUUGAAGGCAGAACUUCCUUGCCUUUGCCAUAUAAACACCUUUCAUGAGGGAUGGACCAUGUACAUGUUUAUGUGCCUUUGCCUUCAAACAUUGACUUUCACAGGUUAUUCCUGCUGUUUCUAUUUCCUCUUCCCCUGCUUCAAAAGCUCUGCAGCAGAUCUGUUGGGAGUUGUAAAACAAAAGACUUGUCAAGAAAAUAGCAAACAGGAUGGUUGUUUUUUUUUUAUUAUUUUAUUAUACAGUGUUGGCAAUUGGAAAUUUCACAUUUAAAAUAAUUGAAAUAUUGUAUCCAACAAGUCAAAUACAGAAAACAGUUAAUAUUCUAAAAAGGAGCCAGCUAGUCAACGCAGAAACACAUUAAUGGAAAAUACAGCUUUUAGUUACACUUAAAAAAUUAUAUAUUUAGAAUAAAACUUGAACCUGGUCCAGUAAAUUGUUCGACUUGCAACAGGAAAACGCUUGCACACAGUUUAACGCGCAGACAGUCUCUGGUUAAAAAAGUGAUCUGUCAGUGUCAGCACAUGUAUUGUCAGCAACAGCCCCCUAAUGUUCCAGUCAAGAUCUAAGGUGUGUGCUUUACUAACUGCUGGGAGAAUCACUUGCAUUGUCACCUCCACCUUCUGUGCUAAGCUGCUUCUGAGCAGGGACGUGCCAAGCAGAGCUUUGUCUGCCCACUGGUCAUGGACAUGUCUUUGAUUUCCUUGAUAUGUUAUAAAAUGUUAGAGGAGGUGGCACAUGGAAGCAUCAGCUUAACUCAUAAAAGGUGCAGAAUAUUGUAGGAUGCAGAGGUUGAUGAUUUCCCAACAGAAGCUGAGGUUUAAGGAGUAAAGCAUUUUGGUACAGCAGAGUUCUGAAUGGUAAGACUCUGCUGUAACAGUCACUUAAAAUUACAGAUGAAGCUUCAACUCUGGGGCCAGGCCUGUUAUCAACACCCCCCCCAGAGUUGCAGUCCCACUGAUUCCAGUUGAAUGAUUGAUGCUUCCAGUUCUGCACUUUGAAAGUUGCAUUAAUAAGUAAUGGCAGGAAGAGGUCGUUUUUGUCUACUGGGUAUGUUCUGGCUGUUAAUAAAAAUCUAAAAUGAUUUUACUUUCAGUAAGUGUUUAGAUCUUUGGAAAAAAACCAAAAAGUUUCUACUUUACACUAACAAAUCACUUUUUCUAGUGAAACAUUAAGUGAACAGUUGUAAACAUUACACAAAACAGAAAAAACCCUACACAAUACAGUUUAUACACACUACUCAACAUUUUUCAGUUGUUGGGUGGUUGAUUUCUUUUUUUAACCAUAUUGAUCCUGUCUUGUAUAAUGGUUCUAGUGUAAAGGCACAGGUUGGUUAGGAAAGAAAAGCCUGCAUCUCUGUCUCUUUACUUCAUGGUGAUUAUUUUCUUUUUGCAUGUUGUUUGUUAUUCCUCACUUUUCUGACUCUUGUAUGAAAAUUAUCCAUUUCAGCCAUUCAUUAAAAAAAAAAGUGUAAGACAUUACUGAAAAGCACAUUACUGUACAGAAGUGACUGAAAUUUAUUCUUCUUACUUUAGGGCAUUCCUUCAACCUAUUUUGUUAAAUAUUUAGAAGAUUUAAUUUCUUAGUCCCUGAGAGCAAAAGUGCAUAGCACGUGCUCUCUCUUUCUCAGUGUACUUCAGUCUAUGUUGGAAUCUGUAUUUUCAGAGAUUAAUAUUGGAACUUGAGAAAUUUAUGUGCAGAAUUUGCUUUUAGAGUGCCUGGAAAUGUAACGACACGACAAUUAUUCUGGAAAACAGCACAACUUUCCAUUGAAGUUUGGAAGGGUGAGGAAUGUAAACAAGACUGCAGAAGCCUUUGAUGUAUAUUAAGAUAACACAGUGAUUGUUCCAUCUGCAUUUUCUUGUACAUCCUCAACAUGUCUCUGUCUGUCCCUUCAGCAACACCUUCUGUUACAAACAAUAAAAAUGCAGGAAUCA